AGAGCAUUAUCUGCUGCUGGUUGAACUGAAGCCGGAGGAUCAGGAUUCAAUCUGCCUUCAAAAUAAUUUGGCAGUCAGGACCAGGCAGGAUUCUCCUCCAGCCCCUGAAUCUAGGCAGCCCAGAACCAGAGACGAGGUGGAUAAAUGUCACCUUCGAGGAGUCUGGAUCUUCGAGGAUCAGGACUUCUCUCAGCUCUCUUCCCUCCUGCUUCCUCACUGUGGUGGCUGGGCUGUUUCUCCCAUGACUCUCUGCGACUAGACCUGGCUGCCCUGUGCCUUUGCCAAUCAAACCUGAACCUCCUCCUCUAACAGUGAAGAGUGGCUCCCCCGUUCUGGGUUAUUUCUCUUCCCCUCACCCUGACACCUAGCUGCCUUCACUUGUGCCUCCCUGCACCCUUCGCCCCUUCCCUGUCCACCCCGGGCACCCGUCACCCAUGGACGACUCAGAAGUGGAGUCGACCGCCAGCAUCCUUGCCUCUGUCAAGGAGCAGGAGGCGCAGUUUGAGAAGCUGACCCGGGCGCUUGAGGAAGAACGGCGCCAUGUCUCUGCUCAGCUGGAACGAGUCCGGGUCUCCCCGCAGGAUGCCAGCCCGGGCUUGGCCAACGGCACACUCACCCGGCGGCACCAGAACGGCCGUUUCUUGGGCGAUGCUGACCUAGAGAGGCAGAAGUUCCCAGAUCUGAAACUCAACGGGCCACAGGACCACAGCCACCUCUUGUACAGCACAAUCCCCAGAAUGCAGGACCCAGGCCAGAUUGUGGAGGAGACGUACACCAUGGAGGAGGACCCAGAAGGGGCCAUGUCGGUCGUGUCUGUGGAGACAUCAGAUGAUGGGACGACUCGGCGCACAGAGACCACGGUGAAGAAAGUGGUGAAGACUGUGACCACCCGGACAGUCCAGCAGGUCCCCAUGGGAUCUGACGGUUUACCCUUGGAAACCUCCCCAGUCACUACCAACUAUGUCCAGACCAUGGACAGGAACUUCCGCAAGAAUGGCAAUGGCGGCCCUGGUGGCUACCUGAGCCAGCCAGGCACAGCCACCCUCCCUCGUAACUACCACUACCCCGAUGGCUACAACCGCCCCUAUGAGGAUGGCUACCCAGGCAGCGAUCACAGCUACGGCAGCCUGUCCCGUGUCACCCGCAUUGAUGAGCGCUACCGUCCCUCCAUGGACACCUACCGGGCCCCCAGCCGCCAGGACAUCUAUGGCCCCCAGCCUCAAGUGCGUGUUGGGGGCAGCAACAUGGACCUCAACCACUUCCACCCUGAGCCAUACGGCCUGGAGGAUGACCAGCGCAGUGUGGGCUUUGAAGAUGUGGAUUACGGGCUUAUGUCUGACUAUGGCACAGCCAGGCGGACAGGGACCCCAUCCGACCCCCGGCGUCGACUCAGGAGUUAUGAAGACAUGCUUGUGGAUGAAGUGGCCCCUGACCGGUACUACUGGGCCCCCUUGGCUCAGCAUGAGCGGGGCAGCUUGGCUAGCUUGGACAGCCUGCGUAAAGGAGCCCCGGCCCCAGGCAACUGGCGCCAGCCAGAGCUCCCGGAGGUAAUAGCCAUGCUGAGCUUCCGCCUGGAUGCUGUAAAGUCCAAUGCAGCUGCCUACCUGCAGCACCUCUGCUACCGCAAUGACAAAGUGAAGACGGAGGUGCGCAAGCUGAAGGGCAUUCCUGUGCUGGUAGGAUUGCUGGACCACCCCAAGAAAGAGGUGCAUUAUGGGGCCUGUGGUGCACUUAAGAACAUCUCCUUUGGCAAGGACCAAGACAACAAGAUUGCCAUCAAGAACUGCGAUGGGGUACCUGCUCUGGUGCGCCUUUUGCGAAAGGCCCAUGAUAUGGACCUCACAGAGGUUAUCACAGGAACACUGUGGAAUCUGUCCUCGCACGACUCCAUCAAGAUGGCCAUUGUGGAUCAUGCAUUGCAUGCCCUGACUGAUGAGGUUGUCAUUCCCCGCUCAGGCUGGGAGCGGGAACCCAAUGAGGACUCAAAACCUCGCCAUAUCGAGUGGGAAUCUGUGCUCACUAACACCGCUGGCUGCCUUAGGAAUGUGAGCUCAGAGCGGAGCGAGGCCCGUCGGAAACUGCGAGAAUGUGACGGGCUGGUGGAUGCCCUGAUCUACAUCGUCCAGUCGGAGAUAGGCCAGAAGGACUCGGACAGCAAGCUGGUGGAGAACUGUGUGUGCCUGCUGAGAAACUUGUCCUACCAAGUCCAUCGUGAGAUCCCCCACGCUGAGCGCUACCAGGAGACACCCCUGGCCCCUGCCAACAACACUGGGCCCCAUGCUGCCAGCUGCUUUGGUGCCAAGAAGGGCAAAGACGAAUGGUUCUCCAGAGGUAAAAAAAAUCCAGAAGACCUUGGUGCUGAUACAGUGGAUUUCCCUAAAAGAACAACUCCAGCCAAAGGCUAUGAGCUACUCUUCCAGCCAGAAGUGGUCCGGAUAUACAUCUCUCUGUUAAAGGAAAGCAAAACUCCAGCUAUCCUAGAGGCUUCAGCAGGAGCCAUUCAGAAUCUGUGCGCUGGCUGUUGGACGUAUGGCCGAUGCAUCCGUGCAGCACUUCGUCAAGAGAAGGGGCUCUCAGCUAUUGCUGAGCUCCUGACCAACGACAGUGAGCGUGUUGUGAAAGCAGCAUCUGGAGCCCUGCGCAACCUGGCUGUCGACUUGCGUAACAAAGAGCUAAUAGGUAAACAUGCCAUCCCCAACCUAGUGAAGAACUUGCCUGGAGGCCAGCAGAUGCCAGCCAGAAAUCUCUCUGAGGACACAGUGGUGUCAAUCCUCAACACCAUCAAUGAAGUCACUGUGGACAACCUUGAGGCUGCCAAGAAGCUGCGAGAAACGCAGGGGAUUGAGAAGUUGGUGCUGAUCAACAAAUCUGGAAACCGCUCUGAGAGAGAAGUCAGAGCUGCUGCCCUCGUCUUGCAGACAGUCUGGGGCUAUAAAGAACUGCGAAAGCCAUUGGAGAAGGAAGGCUGGAAGAAGUCAGAUUUCCAGGCGAACCUAAGCAACACAUCUCGGACCCAGGGAGGCAACUCUUUUGAUGACAGCACCUUGCCUCUCAUCGACCGCAACCAAAAAGCAGAGAAGAAAUCCUCCCGGGAGGAGAUCCAGAUGAGCAACAUGGGACCAGACAACUAUUCCACACUCAAUGAGAGGGACCACAGCAGGACAUUGGACCGAUCUGGUGACCUUGGAGAUAUGGAGUCAGUGAAGGCAGCACCGCUGAUGCAGAAGAUCUAGCUGCCGUCCCUGCCUCCACUCAGUUUGGGUUGAUAAUAUAUUAUAUAUAAUAACUCCUCGUGGUGGAAUGGACUGAUUUUUACCUUGUCUUAUUUUUGGUUUUUUGCUGGACUGUUUGUGCCAACUAGCCAGCCAAAUGAUGGCCUGGUUGCCACUGGGGUGGGGGCAGCCCAGGCCUCUCUGCCUCCCCUAAACAGCUGCACCUCCCUGUUCUGAGACGUUUUUAUCAAUUUCUUCCUCCUUGUCCUCCGUCACCUCCUUCCUCCAGGGAGUAAACGCUCCUGCCUGACUGCGCCGGAUCAACUGGCGUGGAUGCUGCAAAAAAGACUCCAGAUCUGCCUUCACCAGAAACUGCCUUCUCUCCCAUGCCUUCCUUCUGGCUGGAGAGAUGCCUGCAUGACCUGCAUUGAGGGGCAGGGACUGAGACCUUCCCUGCAACCUCUUUUUGUUGCCUAUAGGAUAUAUUUUUGUGCGGGAUCACCCUUCAACCAAGGCUGUGGGGACAAUUGGAGCAUCCCUCCCUGGUGGUGAUGGGGCCUGGGCAAGGGGGGGCCAAAGUUGGGAGUCAAGGGGGAAUGUGGGGAAGGAAAAACAGCAAUAACUUGUCUUGCUUUGCUCUAGAUGAGGUUUUAGGGAUGUGGGAAGGAAUCUGGUUCUGACCUGUCAGCCUUGCUCCGGAUCAGGGGAGUGGAGAGGCCUGGAUGGGGUCACUGGCCCCUCCCACCCAGAUGACUGCAUGAGGAGGGAUCCUAAUGUGGGCAGACAGUCCGUGCUGUGGGAGCGGGAUGGGCCUCCCCGUGUGGGAGGGCAGCCAGGUUCCUCCUUGCUGAAGGAAGGGGUGCGGCAGGGCUCUUUGGGGAGAGGUUUCUUAGGGACUGGCUCAAGUACUGGUGUGCCUUGUGCUGGGUGGGUGGAGCAGGCACUGGCAGGGCUGCAAAGGUGGUGAGCAGGUAAAGCCAGGAUCCACCCCCUUUCGUCCCCACAUCCCCCACGCACAGGCUGACCGCAGCAGUGCCCCUCUCACUUUCUCUUGACACGUGCCUUUCUUUGCCACUGUGAAGUAGCUCUCUGAAUCGUACUGCCCAGCUUAGCUGGGACAAGGUGUUUCUUAGGUGUUGGAUAGGGCCGAGCGCUUCCCUUCACUGCCUGGAGCCUUAGCUGUCUGCAGGUAGCUGCUGCUCUUGGCUGAUGGGAGCAGGGGCCUCACCUGCCCCCUGGAGAACAGACUGUCACAGGAGCUGGGGAGCCAUAUGCCUGUCCCCUCUACUUGUGGGGGUAUACUACUUAAGUGCUGCAAUCUUUUUUUUUUUUUUGGGGGGGGGGGGAGGGAGAGUUGGGGAACUUCAGGCUCCCUCUGCAACUGGAAGCCUUGCAGGGCUGCAAACUGUAGCUGGAGCCCUUCCCAAUUUGUAGCUCAAGGUGAGGACCCCCCCAUUACGGGUGCUGUCCUCCCUGAGAGCUCGUGCACACUGCACAGGGAGGGGCAGGCGGCUGUGUGCGUGAAUCUGUGCCUCUCGCUCUUGUCCUGCUCCCCUCCCUGAAAGCACCUCCCUACUCUGUGGCUGUGAGUCUGAUCUGGCUCUAGCCUCAUCUCAACUCAGUUUGGUCUUGUUCUGGGGUCUAACUCUUCCUUCUUCUAUGUAUGUAAAACACUAAUUUUUUUUAUUAUUAUUUUUAAUUCCAGAUGAACCAAAAAAGAAAAGCUUCCCCCUUCCCUCUUCUGCUCUGGCUCUCCCAGGGGCAGUGUGUGUCCCAGCCUGGGGUGGGGGCAGCUGGCUGCAGGGGGAGGAAUGAGGGGAGCCAGGGGGAACCUGCUGUUCAUUGUCUGAUUCCUGUGCACACUCUUGUAACACUUUUAAAACAAAUGAUUUUUUUAUAUAAAUAAAGUUUUUAAAGUGUG